AUGAAAUUGUACAAGAUCGUCGCGUUGGCCCUCCUCAUACUUGUCCAAACAUCAGUGUCAGAGAGUGACGUUGCGGUAAUUCGAUUUCGACGCUCAAUUACCCAAUCUUCAAAAUUUGUUACUUUUUUAGAAGGAUGUCGAUACUGUAGACGUGAAAAAUGAAGACGAUCCGAAGGAGGAAGUCGCUUAUCAGGGCAAAGAACUGUCAGAUGAUAAAGAAUCGGAACACAAGGUAAACAGUGAACAAUUUCUAUCAAAAAUCAUGAAGAAUUCAGAAAAUCUCGCAGAAAGACAUCUCGUUCUACCAUGGAUUCCUGGCCUCCUUCUCCGUGAUCGUGGUCUCUGAACUCGGCGAUAAGACAUGGUUCAUCGCGGUGAUCAUGUCGAUGCGGCACUCGCGCCUUACCGUAUUCUCCGGAGCCAUGGCCGCGCUCGCCCUCAUGACAGUCCUUUCGGCCUGUCUCGGAUGGGUGACUCAGGUCAUUCCUCGCGCCGUCACCUACUAUCUCUCCACCGCCCUUUUCGCGCUGUUCGGUCUGAAAAUGCUGCACGAAGGAUGGACAAUGUCGCCAAAUGAGGGACAGGAGGGAUUCGAAGAGGCGCAGGCGGAAGUAGCCAAAAGAGAAGGAGAGCUCGACGCUAGCAAGUUCGAAAUGCUCGAGGGAGGCAAUACUGUCAAUCAGUCAGUUUCCUGGAUCCUCAAAUUUCUUGCAUCUUUGUUACCUAUUUCAGAAGCGAAACCAAGAAGAUCUUCCUUUUCACCUCGCGCAUUUUCAUCGAAGCGUUCACGUUGACGUUCGUCGCUGAAUGGGGAGACCGCUCUCAGUUGACCACCAUCAUUUUGGGAGCCAGAGAGAAUAUCGGUAAGUUUUUCUUGAAUUUGGCGAAAUUUCUCCGAAAUUAACACAAUUUUCAGCCGGAGUCAUCGGCGGAGGAGUUCUCGGCCACGCCCUUUGCACCGGAAUCGCAGUGAUCGGCGGAAAGAUUGUCGCUCAACGGAUAUCUGUUCGGACAGGUACAAUCUUCAGCCUUUUUCCCCUAAAAAAACUGGAAUUUGUUCAGUGACACUCAUCGGCGGAGUCGUUUUUCUGCUGUUCGCCCUCUCGGCGCUUUUCAUCAAUGACAUCGAAUCGGCGGUUGAUUCGUAAGCAUCCACACGUGUAUCUCACUCAAAUUCGUCAUUCAUUCGUUUCUUUUUCUCAAUUAAAACCUUUCGCUAAAAAUUGUAAUUUUCUUUCUUUUUUUUUUGUCCGGUCCUCUCAUUUUCCCCCCUAUCUUUCAGUUGCUUCCACAUUUUCACUAAUUUUCCGUAGAAUCAACGCUUUGUCAUAAUUUUUCGUCCAUCUUUCCCCCCUCGAUUCCUCUUCUUUUUAGUACCGUCGUCGGCGGAAAUUCCACGUUGUCGAAUUCGACGGAAAUUUACGAAAAUUUUGUCGGAAACUCCACGAAAAUGAUGGAACUUUCGGGAAACGCUAGCCUUAUCGAACUCAUCGGACAGGCGGAACAAGACCGUUUUACCGUGGAAAUUUGA